UCAGCAGAGAGACGCGCAGUGAGCGGCGGCUCUCCAUCCUGCAACCACAGGACAGGAGCUUCAAACGCAACCUGAACAUCGCCCACUUCAUGGACUUUAGGAACGACGCAAACCCGCAAAUGUUGCUGUUUUUUCUACUUCCCUUUUUCGUUUGAAUUAGUCAGACUCUGUUUGGGGGACAUGGCUUCAUCCGUGAGCGGCACAGAGGAGGUCCGGGUGUCGGGGCUGACGCCCCUGAAGUUGGUGGGACUCGUGUGCGUCUUCCUCGCGCUGUGCCUGGAUGUCGGGGCCAUCGUAAGCCCGGCCUGGGUCACGGCGGAGGACCAGUACUACUUGUCCUUGUGGGAAUCCUGCUGGAAGCCCGUCAGCUCCUUGGACUGGUCCUGCAGCAGUACGCUGGUCACCGACUGGCAGAUCGCCACACUGGCCCUGCUGCUUGGAGGAGCAGCCCUCACCCUGCUCUCCUUUCUCGUGGCACUGGUCUCCCUGUGCUUUGGUUCCAGGAGUCGCUGCUACAAGCCCGUGGCCAUCAUGGUGUUCUCUGCAGUGGUCCUUCAGGUCUGCAGCUUAGUCUUGUUUCCAAUCAAGUUCAUAGAAACAGUCAGUCUGAGGGUGUACCACGAAUUCAACUGGGGCUAUGGCCUAGCCUGGGGAUCCACCAUCUUCUCCUUCGGAGGUGCCAUCCUCUACUGCCUGAACCCCAAGAACUACGAAGAUUACUAUUAAAAGAUGUCAAAAAGAGAGAAAAAAACUAUGUUUUCAUAUUGUAGUUUAAUGAACUUUCUCUGCUCCACAGUGCACAGCCACAGACUGGAAAACAGGAAAAAACAAAGCACUUUUUGGCGGUGUUUGUACCGAGUUCUUCCGUUUGAUGCUGUGACCUUAUUGCCUGAAAGACUAUCCUCCCAAACUGGAAAGAUGCCCAUGAGUUCUUUCUGUAAGCUAAACCACAAGUCCGAAACGGGAAUUCAAGCCCAGCCAGGAGAAAACAUUUGAGACAUAAUGCCACUAAUCAGAUUAUUAAUUAUGUGCAGCUCAUGUACAUAAGAGUGUAAUAAACUGGUCAGAGCAGAGAAGGUCUGUAAUUUCAGGCCAGUGUUGAGAGGAAGAUGUCGUGCUCAAGCGAUAUCCUGGUGAUGACAAAGCAAGGAAGACAGGGUAACAUUAACAUUUCCCCAGAGAUGCGGCACAUCUGGACCUUGAUCAACCUUUUCUUUCCUUUCAGCAGUAAAAAUGAUCACAGACCAAUAUUUUAUCCUCUAUACCUAUUAAAACUCGAAAAUGAUUCAUAAGGGCCAUUUUAAAAGGAAAAACAUUCCACAGGCAUCUUCUAAAUAUGACAUGGAUGAGAGAAACAUUUGCUUGUUCCUAUUAGCACAAUCAAUCACCAACAGAGGUAAUGUCAAUUUUCCAGCACAAUUUUAGUCACUGAUUUGUUAUUGGAUACUAUUGGUUGCACUAUAUGUAAUUAUGUAUGCAUAGUCAAUGACUAUGCAAUCCUAGAAGAAAAGUGGUGAGGAAAAUGCCAAAUGAGCAUACCUGCUGAGUGAACGCGUGUCUAGAUCAGGGGUGUCCAAUGUGCAGCCCGGGGCCAUUUGUGUUGCCCAGAAUGUGUUUGUGCGGCCUCCUGACCAAAAUUCAAGAAAGCUACAAAUGACGCCCAGCAGUUCGGGCGGUUGAUGAAGAUGGUGCACUUUUUAAAACAGAUUUAACACCAAGAUUUUCUCUUAUGCAAGGCUUUUAAAAUGAGAUGCAGACACAUUUAAACCUUAAGAUGGACAAUGGCAUGUACAACACAAGGUAUUCAGCUUUUAUUAACAUUUUUUGGUUUGAAAUUAUUUUACAGUAAAUAGCACUGUAAAUACCCAGUGACGUUUUCUUGAAGGCAUCGCCAAUGCUUUAAACUUGCCUAAAUACAGCAAGCAUUUUUUAAGGAAAAAGUGUCGCAUUUCUAGUUCUUGUUUGUCAGAACAGAUUAACAAAAUUUAGCACAUUGUUGUCUGUCUUUUAAUAAGGUAGGUGUGAGACCCUUUUUAUGUUUCAGAGCUAAUGAUUUAUAGAGUUACAGUACAAACAAAAAAUCCCCAGUUCAAUAUUAAAAUUAAAAAGUUGUAAUUUUGUUUUAGCCUGCAAGUGCUUUCAACUUGAUUAAGGCCCCCAUGGGAACAUUUGGCCACCGCUGGUCUGGAAGAUCAUGCUCCUCAGCACGUGCUCACAGAGCUCCCCGUGUGAUGCCUGUUUAUCUCCCCACUCUGGUGAAACAACAGAAUGGCUAAUAAGAGACGAGUCUCCAUAGCUGAAUAUAUUUGUUCAUUUAGUUUUGAUACUAUAGCUGGGGUUAAUAAGCAUAUUUCAGGUAACAGAGUGCAAUGUGCAGUGGGUGUGUUUUAAGGAUGAAUGCAAUGGUCAACCUCAUGACCGAUGUUCAAAAUCUCAAGCAUGGCAGGACUCCUGCUUCGUCUUUACAAAGUGAGAGCAUGUGCAUGCCACUACUGCUUGCUGCAGUGUUUCUGAUCACAUAAUAAACAUGUACUGAAAGAAAAAUAAAAGAUUGAUUCAGGAAUCACAA